AUGGAUAAUCCUGAACCGAGAGCCCCUAUGAGGAGAGCCGAGCCAGGUCAGGCUGGUGCCAGAAGUAGAGCACCAGGGGAUCCUAGAUUGGACCAGAUCCUGCAGGCUUUAGAGACUUUAAUAGGGCGAGGCUCGGAAUCAAGCCCGCCGCCGUCCUCGCACCUGCAUCGCACCUCGCACUCGCACCGCACUUGCACCUGUGCUGUAGAUGUUCCGUUAGCUGGCAAUGAAAAUGGGAAUCAGCCCAUGCACAAGUUGGUGGAGCAAUUUCUGAAACUCAAGCCGCCCAAGUUCACUGGCGCGGAUGAAGACAAGGUGACACUGGCUGUCUACCAAUUGCAAGGUAACGCCAGUACUUGGUGGGAAGCUACCCAGAGGAGGGUAUUUCCCGAAGGUACGGCCCGGGUGUGGGGUGCCUUCGUGGAAGCUUUUUAUAAUAAGUACUUUUCGGACUGCGCUCGAGAGCAGAAGAUGAAUGAGUUUCAGCGUCUCCGACAGAACCAGUUGACGGUAGACCAGUACGAAGCAAGGUUUGCUGAGUUGUCCCAAUAUGCCCCGAGGUUGAUUGAAGACCCAGUUGACAAGGCAAGGAGGUUUAGGGAUGGGCUGAAACCUGAGAUUAAGGAUCAACUGGUGCCCCUGAAUCUGAAGGACUAUAAUGAGCUGUAUGAAAGAGCGCAAUUAAUUGAGAGAAACUUGGCUGAGAGGACAGCCGCGUCUGGAUCGCGGUUUGUGCCAAACAAGGAUAAUCAUCGGUUUGGGAAGAGACCGAUGACGGGAAGUAAGUUCCACGUCCCUCCUAAUAAGAAAGGUGGCGUGAGGAAACCGGUGUACAACAAUAAUGGCCCCUGUCGAUUCUGUGGAAGACACCAUGGAUCAGCCCCUUGCCCUAUGAGGACGGGAGUUUGUUUUGGAUGUGGCCAGCACGGCCACCACGUGAAGAAGCUGUCCCACGCCGGGCGGCGGGAGCGCAAAGACCAAUGCGGCGGAGUAGGACAACCUGCAAGUAGUGCCCCCGAACCGGUGGAACCGACCCCAAGUGCAAGGAAGGGUCUAUCUUUGUCACAAGGAAGGAGGCGGAGGACUCUUUGCCGUCAUUACAGUACGGUUUCAUUACACGACCAUGCUGCCUAUGCUUUGUUUGAUCCUGGAGCUACGCAUUCAUUUGUGGCUAAGCAAUUUGUGGAAUUAGUGGGGUUAAGUCCGAAACCGCUGGGAGUGGUUUAUAAUAUUUCUACCCCUUUAAAGGAUAGUAUAGUGUCUGCAUGA